CUGUAUCUGCUGGAAAUGAACAAGCAACAGUGUGAAUUGUACCCGCGUGUAAGACGUACGGAAUAUUACCGUACACCCGAGCCGAGAGUUUCGAUUCAGAGUCGCAAGGCCGAACAUCCCAACAGGGAAAGGGAGUCGCCGAGAAAUGCAACUCCUGUAGCACCCCAUAUCAUGCCCGCUCAGACAUCGCCUAUGCGGGUGCAACGCGACAGCUACUUUUCCUAGGACGGUCGACUGCGGUUUGGUUGGUUCGCAGUCUCACGUUUUGAUAGUACAUGUUUUGUAUUUGUCUUCCUUUUAAAAAUUGAUAGU